GGGUUACACUGACCCAGCACUGGAAACACUGCUUGAACAUCAGCACAGUGUGAGGAGAGCUCCCAUCUCUGGCCUCCUUCCAGGGAACCAACAUGUCCAGUGACCCCCCUCCUCCAUACCCCGGGGGCCCCAGUGCCCCAUUUCUUGGGGAGAAAAACGGACAACCUUCAGUUCCUGCAGCCAGUGCUCCAGUAACGACAGGACCUCCACAUGGGUAUCCACUGCCUCCAGAAUAUGGACCUCCACCUUAUGAAGCCACACUUCAGCCUGGCUUUGUUCCUCCGCAUGUCCCAGGAGAAGGUCACAUGCCUAAACCUGUGCAUAUGUCAAUGCCCAUGCCUCAUCCUCACGGUGUUUACUAUGCUCCACCUGGACACUUUCCUCAUCCGAUAGCCGAGCACUAUGGCCCGGGGCCCAGUCACUUUGCUCCAGGUCACACAGCCACAGUUCUCGCUCCUCCUGGUGCCACUACCACCACCGUGACUGUUCUACAGGGGGAGAUGUUCCAAGCGGCUCCAGUGCAGACGGUUUGUCCACACUGCCAGCAACCCAUCGUCACCCGCAUCAGGCACGACAUCGGCUUCACAAAUACUCUUAUCUGUAUGUUCUGCUUCUUUGUGGGUUGUGAUCUAGGUUGCUGCUUGAUCCCCUGUUUCAUGGAUGACCUCAAGGAUGUGACACACACUUGCCCGAACUGCAAGGGCUAUAUUUACACAUAUAAGCGCAUAUGCUAACAGUUUAUCCCAUCAGCAAUCAUGCUGUGUCCUCGUUCUGGUGGGUGUAGAUGACCCGUUUUCAUUUCCCUCUGUUCUCUGUGGUCAUUUUGCCAACAUAUAUAUCAUUUUGUACAGGCACUUGACAUAGUUACUGAUGUCUCUAAAAUUAAGCAGAGGUUAUUAGCAAUCAUUGAAGGAUGGGUACGUUUUAUAUGAUGCAUGAUUGACAUUUACAUUGUGUCAUCCAAGCACUGUUUUUUUUUAGUAGUGCUAAGUGUGUACAUUUAGAGAAUAUGUGAAAACAUUAACCUUGAAAAGCUCAUCUGUGAAUAUUAGUGUGUAGCGAAACUACAUGAAGUUCACUGCAGGGUCAGUAUUGUUGGAUUGUAGGAUUAUUAUUUUAUGCAUUAUUGUUUAAAGUCUUAGAUGGCUGGGUCUGAGACUUUUGAAGUUCUGGGGUAACGUGAUUGCUUUUACAUGUGAAAAUGUCUCUAUGGUUGGCAUGAUAUGCAAAUGUUAUGGAAAUUGUUUUCUUUCUCUUUUGUUUUCAAUUUCUUAGAUUUGUUGAUAAGAUUCAAUUCCUGUUGAUUUGAGAUAUGCUUAUCAGUGUAACAUGCAUUGUUGUAUAGAUGUCAUUUUAGAUGAAGGAUUUCUGUUGAUAAAGGGAUCUGUAUGUCCAUGUAAAUAACAUUUGAUAAUUUAGAGAUGCUAAAUAGCUUUCAUUAAAGCUCAUGGUGUUUUAAAGGAAUAGUUCACCCAGAAAUGAAAAUUUGGUGACAAUAUACUCACUCUCAGGCCAUCCAAGAUGUAGAUGGGUUUGUUUCUUCAUUGGAUUCAACUGAUUUAGAGAAAUUUAGCAGUGAAUGGGUGCCGUCUGAACGAGAGUCCAAACAGAUGAUACAAACAUCAUAAUAAUCCACAAGUAAUGUGAGUAAUCUACAAACUGUGUUUGUAAAAAAAAAAAAUCAAGACAUUUUUAACUUCAAACCAUUGCUUCCAGAAAUAAAUUAGAAUCCAUAAUCCAUAUUGCUUUCCCCAACUGUUCCUUUAAUAUGGGAUGCAGUGAUGCUAGGGACAUAUUUGUGGAAUUCAACCAAUAUACAUUUUAUUUUUGAACUUUGAAUCAAAAUUAUAGCUAAGGUGCUUUUCAAACAACUAUACAAGCUGUUCUGUCUUAAAGUUAGCUGUUUGAGACUUCUGUAAACUAUCAUCUUUUAUUCAGGUCACGUUUAUUAAUCAUCAAUAAGGUAGAUCCGUGUUUACUGAUACUAAGAUUGGCAUAUGAACCUCUAUAAUUACAGAUAAGCAUUUUAAAAACGUAUUUUUUUAACAGUGAUACAGUAUGUUUAGAAGUGGAUGUUACAUUCUUUUUAUUUCUACUUGAUGUAGUGAAGUUGUCAUCUUCAAAAAGGGAAUAGUUUUUUGGUAAAGGCUGUUCUGCUUUGCUGUUGGAGCUCACCAGCAUGAUGAAGGUGGCUGUAUGACCACACUCUAAUCUUGCAUAGUGCUCUAUUGGGCCAUAUGUGCCCUCACGCUGGGCUGGUUGCUGAACUGGGCUUCAUAACUCAAAGCAGAUUAACCCUUCGCUUAUUAAUACUGUGUGCAACAGGCCACGAGGAUUUAAAGGAUGAUUGUCCUGAUCUUCCUUUUGUGUGUGUGUGUGUGUCUGGUCAGAUUGUGAUUGUGAUUUGAAUGGAAUUAUCCAAAGAUUUUCCUUUAUUUGAUUUACUGCUGAAAUUGGUACGAAGGCUACAGCAACAGCAGUGCUUAGACAAUAUAUCUCAAUAUUGAGACGUCUGUUUUUCAUCUUUUGUUUAAAACUACACUAAGUAAGCUUUGGCCCUGUAGCGGUUUAAAAAAAAAAAAAGAAACCUGCAUGCGUCUCGCGGAAUAACACAUUGUUAUGGUUGUGCUUCGGCUCUGCUCCUCUAAAGUGGAUGAAUGUAGUUUGACGCACUGCUGUAUCGGUGAGCGGGGUUUCUUUGGUUUUUCUAUAG